AUGAAUUCUAGAAGUAGUCUUCAGAUUAAACGAAAUUUUUCUCAAAAGGAAAAAGACAAUUGUUUUAUAACAAGAGCUGCUUGGUUAUCGUCGGAAUUAAACGUACAUUUUUUAACAGCCAUAAUAAUUUUAGUAUCUGAAGGACGUUUACCAUCUUAUGCAAUUAAUACACAUCUUUUAAGUAGUCAACCUUGUGAAGCGACAUUCCGCAGUGCUCGGUCUUUGACUGGCACUCUUUCAUCCAUAACAAAUUUCUCCGUAUUCGAAUUUUUACAAAAAAUUGGAAAAAUUUCAAUUUUAAAUCAAAUAAAAUCUACAGAAGAGACUAAUGGUGCUGCACAUUCAUUAAAGUUUCCUAUUCAUCACAAAAAUCGACAUAGAGAAACAACAAUGUUUUUAAAUACUCCAAUUACAUCAACAAUAACAACUUAUGAUAUAGAAAAGAUAAUUGUUAAAGCUUAUGCUGAAGCACAAUCUGUUAUGGAUAGUUUACAAUUAACAAAAACACUUAGGGAAAACAAUUUAAAUGAUUUUAAAAAACUCAAUGAAUUUGUUUUUCAACAACUUGAUGGAAAAUCGACAGUAGAUUAUUCGUAUUUCAAUGAAGAAGAUCUUCAUGAUAGUGCAGAUAAUGAUAUUAAUAGUAAUAGUGAAAUUGCUGCUGAUCUUUCCGAAACAAAUUUGGAAAUGAAUGAAUGUUGUUCCGAUGAAGACGAAGCAAAUGAUUAUCAUAUGACAAGUUCGAAAGAGACAUUCGAGGGAAUGAGAGUUUAUGAUCAAAUUGAUCCAUCAAAAAAAUCUCAUUAUUUUCAAAUUACCAUUAAUAAUAAACAAAAAUUUAUUCAUAAACAAACAGCAGCACGAUUAUUGUCUAUAAAUAAAAACUGUUUAUCAUUAGAUAGACGAAAACGAGAUCAGCAGACAAGUAAACAAGGUUAA